GGAGGUAGUUUAACAGCCCAGCCUAAGACCGUCACCAAAGACCACUGACCUAGAACAAACAGAACCAGUUCUGUUCACAACACAACACUUCGUGUCCAAACAGAUCAAAUACUUUAACAUAAACCGUUAGAAAAGUAGGAAAAAAUUGGCUGCUAAAAUCAAGUCAUCACCUCGUUAUUUUCACGUUUCAACUCCUUCAAUUCCCUAUUUAUAUCCUUCAUCAAGACUCGACCAAACCCAAUCAAACAAACACAACGCAACUCAACAAAGCAAAACUCAAAAGGAUUAUUUUCUCUUCAAACACAUCUCUCAAGGAAACAUGAAUAUGGGAAUGGGUUUAAUGUUGCUUACAGUUUUCAUGGCUGUGAUGUCUUCUUCAAGAGUCUCUGCUCAGACAAGUUGCACGAGCGCGUUGAUCAGCAUGGCACCAUGUCUUAACUACAUAACCGGAAACACUACAACUCCUUCUCAGCAAUGCUGCAGCCAGUUGAGUAACGUAGUCCAGUCUUCUCCUGACUGUUUAUGUCAAGCCCUCAACGGUGGAGGCUCUCAGCUUGGGCUCAACAUUAAUCAAACACAGGCUCUUGCUUUGCCAAGGGCUUGUAAUGUUCAGACUCCUCCUGUCAGUAGCUGUAACGGUGGUGGUUCUAAUGCUGAUUCUCCUGCGGAUUCACCAAAAUCUUCAGGACCAGGAAAUGGAUCGAAAACCGUACCAGUAGGAGAAGGAGACGGAUCAUCGUCUGACGGAAGCUCUAUCAAGUUCUCAUAUCCUCUUCUUGCCUUCCUUUCCGUGGCUUCCUACAUGGCAAUCUUCUUGAAAUACUGAUUUUCCCCCAUCCACUUUCUCCUGAAACGAUUAAGCUUUUAUGCCACUUAGAUUGCAUUAUUUAUUUGUCUCUAUUUGUUCAUAUUUUGUUGUGAUUAUGUGUGAUGUAUUAUUAAAUGCUCUGUCAAUCCCUACUCACAGGUGAUAUUGGUAUGUAGCAACGGAGAGCAUGUUGGAUCUCUUUACCUUUUACAAUAAAUAUUAUUUUUUCGGAACACAUUCUAA